GUUAUGGUCGUUUUGCCCAUUUUCGACUUGUACGCCGACUUCUCCUUAAACUUUUUUUCUUUUUGUCCUUUGACCUUGUGAAGCUGCCUUGAAUCCAUUUACCUUGCAGCACUGCGCCACCCACAUUAACGUACUUGUCUCACUUCAACGCUAGGCGCAUUCCGAGUUUGUGGCGAUAAGCACUCAGGCGAGAUAUGCAAGCGCAAGGCAUAUACAAAGCCACCACGCCCCUUGACUUCCGACAUCUUGCCAUCUAAACCUCGCGAUGGUUUCGCCCGAAUCUUCUCACACCUCCAUGAAGGCAGAUCACUUGGCCGUUCUUGUUCACGGAUUGUGGGGUAACCCCGACCAUCUGAAGUACUUGACUACUUCUCUCCGCGAACGUUUUCCUGAAGAGAAUCUUGACAUCCUCGUGCCCAAGAACAACGCCGGUAGUUUCACGUAUGACGGUAUCGAGCUGGGCGGCGAACGCGUAGCGAGCGAGGUCUGCGACAGACUUGAGGAAUUGGCAAAGAACGGCCACAACAUCACAAAGAUCAGCGUAAUAGGAUACUCUCUCGGAGGCCUGAUCGCUCGCUUCUGCAUCGGUAUACUCUACCACAGAGGAGUGUUUGAAAAGAUACAACCGGUGAACUUCACAACCUUUGCUACGCCGCAUCUUGGUGUACGGACGCCCCUGCGAGGGUACCAUAGCCAUGUAUGGAACGUGCUGGGCGCUCGAACGCUCUCCAUGAGUGGUAGACAACUAUUUGGAGUUGAUCGGUUCAGAGAUACCGGUCGGCCACUACUCGCUGUGCUCGCGGACCCGGAGAGCAUCUUCAUACAAGCGCUUGCGCAGUUCAAGCAUCGUAGCUUGUAUGCCAAUAUUGUGAACGAUCGUACAGUCACCUAUUACACGGCCGGAAUCUCUCAGACCGAUCCUUUUGUGAACCCAGAAGGGAUCAAGAUCAAUUAUAUUCCGGGAUACGACGACGUCAUCAUCGACUCCGAGAACCCGGUCUCAGCAAAAGAGCCCGAGCCGCUUCCAGCGUUGACACAACGGUUGACAUCCAGCACGCGAACCAUUUUUGGACGAAUACCCAUCGCCGCAGCCCUGAUUGUUUUCAUCCCCAUCGGCACAACCCUCUUCCUCGUCAAUUCCGCAAUACAGUCUUUCCGUAGUUCACAGCGCAUACGGCUACACGAAGCAGGCAGAGGAGGUAUCGACAUCGGCACGUACCGCAUCCCCCUCAUGAUCAGGGCCGCUCGUCAAGAAGUGGAGGAAAUGUUCGAGAGCGCUCACGACGCAGACGAGCAGGAUUACCUGAUGGCUGGCAACGAGGAAAUGGCGUCUCCAACCCAGCCCACAUCUCCAACCCAUGCGCGCACGACCUCGAAUUCGGACGUCGAUUCGACACAGGAGCAGAAACGAGAACCGGUCCCCGAGUUCCCUACACUAGCUUUGUCGCAGGACCAGUUCAAGAUGAUCGAGGCGUUGGAUCAUGUGGGGUUCAACAAACACGCUGUACACAUUCAUAACCAUCGGCACACGCAUGCCGCGAUCAUUGUGCGCAUGGACAAGAAGUCGUUCGACGAGGGACGCGUCGUGGUCAGGCACUGGCUCGACAACUUCGACUUGUAGCCUGAUUAGAUCUGAUGUAAUUUCCUUUAUCUUCUUUUCCUCCCCGAGUUGGCGUAUCCAAACAAGCAUCAUAGCAUCGGCGUACGGCGCAACAUCACCAUCCCCUUUCUGGAUCAAUACAGGACAUGCUUUGGCAGGCGAAUCUUCCCCUUUCUUCUAUUCCAAGGCCUUUUCUCGGCCUCUAUCUAGAAUUAUAGAUUUCACACUUUAAUACACUUCUUCUCCACCUUCAAUUCUCGAUCACUAUCUCAUGACUUGUUAUUCGUUACACCUGCGACGCAGCAAGGUCCUCAUCUUGCCAGGGAAAGAGAACAAGCAUACCCCCGGAAACCCCCAAGCAAGUGAUCUCCGAAACAAGCCUUCUGUCUCAGAACAUCCGUCCGCAGGCCAAGACUCGGGUGGCGAAAGCGCUCUCCGGCAUUCGGAGACAUGGGUGUUGCAUGUGUGUG